AUGAAGUGCUGCCAGUGGGAAGCAGGAGAGCAGCCGCCACGUCGGGCGUUCCGGUGGCCCAGGCGCAUGGUGCAGAGUUGCGCUGUAGCUCCACCUUGUGGUCAGCUGCCCCAAGAGGAGGGCUGCGGACGAGACCCUCCUCGGUUGGGGAAGCCCCGGGAACUACAAUUCCCAGAACGCCCCAGGCCACUUCCGGUCUCUGGAUGGACCGAAUUGAGUUUGAAUUUGUGUUCCCGCCCCCUCCUCCUCCCAAACCCCGCCCCUUCCCUUCUCUCGCCGCCCCGCCCCCGCCAUGCACACACAUGCACAUACAUACACAGGCCGCCGUCCACGCCAACAUACCUGGCCUGCAGCUGGCGUGGUAGGCGGGGGCACCCGCGUGCGACGGGCGGGGAAGCAGGAGGCGCGCCGAGAGCCGACGCCGCGGCCGCUGCCUGGUCCCGGUCUUCGCCGGGGUCCACGGCGCCUUGGACCCAACAGGUCUCCUCUGCACACUGCCUUUUCAAGCUGAAUUUCCUUAGUUUCCCCCGUUCCCGAUCCCGCCCCUCAGACCGACUGCCGGCCCCAGCUCUGGGGCGCCCAGCCUGUCAGGAGGACUGGACAGCUAUGGCGCACUUAACCUCUGUGGGCCCUGGACUGGAGACUGAGACUGACAAAAACUUGAGGGCGAAGAGCCAAGGGGAGCUGCUCAUUGGGGUUCGGGGGUCACCAGACCUCAGGAUCUCUUCCUACUCCAUAGAGAAAUCUAAUUCAGGAAAGCCACUGAGAAACUUGUCUCCAACAAGAUAAAGAAACUGAAGCUCAGAGAAGUAAAGUAACUGCCAAGGUCACGCAGCUAGUGACUGGACUGCAUCUGACUGAGAAACCACUGUGUGCCAGGGUCUAAGAAUAAAGAAAACAAGACACUUCUCUCUUUUCUCUACCUAAUGAGCACCUUGUAACCCAUCAGGACCAAAUUUAAAAUGUCAUCUCUUUUGUAAAAUUUUUCAUAAGCCCCUCCUGCCCCCAACAAGGAGAGUUGAUAACUUGCUUUUUGGUAUACCCCUCUGAAACAGCACUUUUCACAAAUAUUGUAAUAAUCUGCUUCUGUAUUUCCAUUUCUCUAACUUUGAGCACCUUGGCAACAGGACCUGUUUACUAUUCAUCUCCACUUGGAUGUCUGAUAGACGUCUCAAUCUCAACAUGUCCAAAUCUGGACACCUCAUCUUUCCCCUCUAAAUGACCCCUUCCCUAAAGCUGUCCUCAUCUCAGUCAGUGGCAAUCUCACCUUUCCAAUUGCUCUGGCCAAAAAACCUUGGAACCGUACCUCAUAUUCAAUCUGUUAACAAAUCCUGUUGACUUUCCCUUCAAAAUUCAUCCGUGAGAAUCCAAUCACUCAUCACCUCCAGUGCUACCACCUGCCAUCACCUUUUACCUGGAUCAGUGCAGUCUUCUGAUUAGUCUCACUGCUUCAUUCUUGUCCCCUGUGGCCUAGUCUCCACACAGAAGCCAGAGCAAUCCUGGUAAACACAAGUCAGAUCAUGACAGUUCUCUGUACAGAACCCUCCAAGGGCUCCCCAUCUCUCUCAGAAUAAAGCCAAAAUCCUUUCAAUGGCCCCAUAUAAUCUGGUCUCCUACUAAAUUUCUGAUCUCAUCUCAUAGUACUUCCCCUCCUUCCACUCUGCUCCAUCUACUCCUUGAACAAGCCAAGUGCACUCCUUACCCAGGACCUUUGCACUGGCUGUUCCCUUGCUAGGUAUAUUCUUCUGCAUGGGUCACUUCCUCAUCUCCUUCAAGUCCUUGUUCAAAUGUCACCUUCUCAGUGAGGCCUACCUUGACCAACCUAUUUAAGAUUGCCUCUAUUCUAACUUCCAGUUUUACAGGGUAAAUACAGGGUAUAGAGGAACAAGGUAAAUGACACCAUGAGGGAAAAAAAAAAAACAGACAAAUCCCAAAGUAGGAUAUUCUAUGAAACAACUGACUUGUACUUUUCAAAAAGCCAAUGUCAUUAAUUUAAAAAAAAGAUUAAGGAGACUUCUAGUUCUGGACCCAGUUGGAGUAGACACACUUCUCCCUAUUUCUCCCACUAAGGACAGCUAAAACUCUGCACGUGAUCCAUAAAACAAACAUAAGAAGACUCUAAAAGGAGAAAAGGGCAGACCUGACUACGUGAGUUCCCUGGGUUUUCUUGUUUCCUCAUAUAUUCCAGGCUGGGUACUAGAGAAGCCAACCCGGAAAUGCCAAUGGGCACGCACACAAAAAGCCUCAAUAAAAACCCACUCUCUCUAAUCCAAGGACUAGCAAAUGGGCAACUUAGCCAUACAGCAGAAAACACUUGACAGUAAACACUCUACUGCACCCAGGCAUCACAGAAAAAACUGCAGCCCCACCCAUGCCAGCUGGCAAAGACCAAGUAGAAACCAAGACUUUCCCUUAUACCAGGCUCCUCCCCACCCCCUGCUCUCUGGGGUGAUGUCAGAGAAGGCUAAGUAGAGAGUCUGGACUUCCAUUCUCCACAAGGUAACAAGACUUUCCCUCCCUGCUGGGGGCUAUCAGAGUGUCAGGAGGCCAAGUGAAGAGUCAGAACUUUUGCCAGUGCUCUCUCCCAUCUUCCCUCCCCACCACACUCCUCUACCACCUUCACCCCCACCAGCACCCCUACUUGUGGUCAGUGGAAGCCACCUGGGGAGCUGGAAGGAGGCCCUUCAACCACUCCCAGCCAGGGAGGUGUCAGUGAAGCCCUAGUGGGGAGCUGAAACUCCCACCCCUGCCUAACAGUAAGGAAGAGCCCCACCUUGGAUAUCAACCAAUGCCAAGGGGGGACCUUGAACUUCUACUCAUACCUGGCAGGAACCAGGCAGUGGCCCCCUCCACUGAUGGCAACAGUGUCAGAAGAAGCCUACCCAAACAAAAGAUUUAAGUAAGAUUUUGUCUUAUAAGGUAAUAUCCAAAAAUGUCUAGGGUGCAAUGAAAAUUCAGUCAUCAUAUUAGGAACCCAGAGGCCCUCAACUUGAAUGAGAAAUAAUAAACAGUUGCCAACACCAAGAUGACAGCAAGCUAUCAAUGAUCUGAGAAGGAUUCUAAAGUGGCCAACAUUUAAAAAAAUGCUUCAGUGAGCAAUUACAAACAAGUUUGAAACAAAUGAAAAAAAAAAUAGAAAAUCUUAGCAAAGAAAUAGGAGGUAUGAUGAAGAAUCAAAUAGAAAGUUUAGAACAGAAGAAUACAAUAACACAACCAAAAAACUCAGUGGAUGGGCUCAUCAGGAUGAGGAAAGAAUCAAUGAACUUGAAAUAGAGUAUUAGAAAUUACCCAAUCUGAACAUUAGUUGGAAAAUAGACUUUAAAAAAAUGAGCAGAGCCUCAGAGACAUGUGGGACUAUAACAAAAGCCCUAAUAUUUGUAUCAUCAGAGUCCCAAAAAGACAAGAGAAAAAGGGUGAAGCUGAAAAAGUCUUCAAGAAAUAAUGGCUGAAAAUUCCCAAAAUUUGGCAUAAGACAAACCUACAGAUUCAAGAAGCCAAAUAAACCCCAAACAGGAUAAAGUCAAAGAAAUGCCAUGCCAAUUCUCAUUACAAUCAAACUUUUAAAAGCAAGACAAAGAAAAAAAUCUUGAAAGCAGUAAGAGAGAAAGACCAUUUACCAACAGGGGAAAAACAAUUUAAAUAUCAGCAGUUUCUCAUCAGAAACUGUGGUGGCCAGAAGGAAGUGGCGCAACAUAUUCCAAGUGUUGAAAGAAAAGAACUUCCAAGCCUGGAUGCUAUAUCUGGUGAAAAUAUCCUUCAGAAAUGAGGGAGAAAUCAAGGUAUCCUCAGACAAAGGAAGGCUAAGAGACUGUGACACCAGCAGACCCACCCUAAAAGACUGAUUAAAGGCAGUUCUCAAAACAAAGGAAAUGAUAAAAGGAGAAAUCUUGGAACAUCAGGAAGGAAGAAAGAAUAGAAUGAGUAAAAGUGUAAGUACAUACAACAGACUUUUCUCCUCUUGAGUUGUCUAAAUAGUGUUUGAUGGUUGAAGCAAUAAGUAUAACAUUAUCUGAUUUGGAGCUUGAUAUGUGUAGAGGAAAUAUUUAAGAAAACCGUACUAUAUAUGGGACAGGGUAAAGAGACUUAAAUGGAGGUAAGUUUUCUACAAUUUCCUCAACAUGAUAGAAUGAUGACACCAGUAGAUCUUUGUGGUGAGGAAAUAGUUCUGUAUCUUGAUUGCAGUGGUUGUUACAGGAAUCUCCACAUGUGGUUAAAUGGUAUAGAGAUAUAUACACAUUGUACCAAUGUCAAUUUCCUGGUUUUGAUACUGUACUAUAAUUAUGUAAGAUGAAAUUAUUGUAGAUAACUGGAUGAAGGGUACACUGGCCCUCUCUAUACUAUU